UAAACCAUGCUCGCUAGAUUUGUGCGGUGUUUUUGUCUGUUUGAGCAGCAUUUGAUAGGCUCCACGUUAACAAAUAUGUGACAAAGUCAUUUCCUUUCAUUUUAUGACUCGUUCACCGCAUAGUCAUUACUGGAAAGUCAAGUUAGCAGCAAGCUAGGUCAGGAACCGGAGGACCGAAUCACUGAACGGGAAGUGACAAAACUCAGUCUUUCCCCCCUGCCUGCACGCUUGCUGCUUAUUUGGCCACACGUGGAAAUGAGUGACAGACGCCUUGAUUCUGUUUCCGCUCCCUCCCCUGCACGCAAUGAGGCUGGCGUCUGAUUGGUCGUGUGCGAUGUCAGAAGACGCUGCCGCUUGCUCAACGCCCUCCCACGCAGCGAACAAGCGCCACCAACUUCAUAGAACGAAUCAGUGCAGAUGGUGAUUAGUUCGGUCUCGUUCACCCAAACAAUUCGUUCAAAAAGAACGAAUCGUUCGCGACCGAUACAACACUAUUUCAGACUGCAUUUGGACAGCACGUGAGCAACAUCGUGUCCUCGUUCCUCAUGCACUUUUGUCUGUUCCACAGACAUGUCUGAAGCGGUUAAAGAGCACUGAUUAACUGUGAGUUCUGACUGAACACGCCCGCCAAGAUGCCUGGGGUGCCCACCGGUGCCAAGGACCUCUAUGUGUCCACAUCGCUUGGUGACCUCAAUAAAAAAGCUGAAAUUAAGCCAGACAAGAUCAGCACAAGAAACUAUGUUCAAAGUGCCUGCAAACUCUUCAAGGCGGCAGAGCAGAGUCGUCUAGACAGAGAUGAGGAGAGAGCUUAUGUGCUUUACAUGAAGUAUCUAGGAGUAUAUAACAUUAUCCAGACCAGACCAGACUUCAAGCAGCAGUUGGAGUAUUACAUGACAAUGCUCGGCCCCAACAACUUCAAGAAAGCCAUCGAAGAAGCUGAGAGGCUCGCUGAAAGCCUCAAACUCAGGUAUGAAGAAGUUGAAGUGAGGAAAAAGCUAGAAGAGAAGGAGAAGCAAGAGUUGAAAAAAAGGAGUGAGAAUAUAACUGAGAAAGAUGACAGUGGAAGCCCUCCCAAAUCCUCAGCAGCCAACAAGGACGACAAUAAGGUAAAAGGGGAGGUAAACGACUUGAAGAAUGCAUCUUCAAAAACUACGGCAGCGGGCGGGAUCACUGCCGAGAAACUUUUCCACAUGAUGAAGGACCAAAUGAUAACGAUAAUCGUCAUGGAUGCCCGGAGCCAGAAAGAUUUUGAGGAGUCUCACAUUCAGGUCCCAUCUCAGGCCUGCAUCAGCGUGCCUGAGGAAGCCAUCAGUCCAGGAAUCACAGUGAAUCAAAUUGAAGAAAAGCUCCCAGAGGUGUCCAAAGAGCAGUGGAAUAGGCGGGGUUCUGUGGAUUACGUAGUCCUGUUGGACUGGUUUAGUUCUGUAACAGAUCUAAGAAUGGGCGCCACGCUGCAGAGCCUUAAAGAUGCUCUAUACAAGUGGGACAGUAAAACCAUCUUGCGAAGUGAGCCACUUGUGCUGGAGGGAGGUUAUGAGAACUGGCUGUUGUUUUACCCAAUGUACACAACCAACGCUAAAGUCCACCCUCCAAGGCAGAACAUUAUUCAAAACACUCUGCCUCAGCUCUGACGAAACCCUAAUUGGAGUGAUGGUUGAUGAGAUGAAGAGGCUGCUGAGGAAGCUGAUGUCCAAAUUUGUGCAAAUGGAUGUGAUCAGGAAAGCUGAGGAUAUCCAAGAUGUUGAUUACAGGAAUAAGGAGAACUGGCAUGACACAGGCAACAUAGCAGUAUCACAUGAUGCCAGACAAUACAUGGAGCAAGUUGAAGGCUAUCUCUGAUGCCACCAAAAAGAGGUUCUUUGACAGUGUAGUUAAUUUUUACACUAGUGUUGUGACCAAAAUGAACUUGGAAAAAAAAUGGUUGCAUUUUGUCUUAGCGAUUGUCGCGCGCGCGCGCGUCAUCGGGGUUGGCAAACAGAAAUCUCCCUAUUUGCAAUUUCUACAACUUAACAGGUAUGCAUUGAAUGUCUGUGUCUACGCGCUUUUCUCUGCCUCUUAGCGCUCAAUGUACAAAAAAACGCGCCACUGUAGUCUGUUUGCGGCAAUGCAUGAGUGGGUCAUUCCGCGCAUGCGAUAAAUGCGUUAAAUAUUUUAACGUGAUUAAUUAAGAAAAUAAAUUACCGCCCGUUAACGCGACAAGUUUGACAGCCCUAAUUAUAACCCAUACUAACACUUAUCUUUUAAGAACUACAAGUUGUCCGUGGUUCCCUGUAAGAGAAGGUUUUACAGCACGCGGAUCAUAUGAAAGGGCUCUCUUCGGUGUGUGUUCUGCGUCAUGAAUUGAUUCUCGCUUCAGGGUGAACCUUUUUACCUAAUGUGUAUGCGCGUGUGUUGUGUUAAUGCAUGCUUCGAACCAAAUCUUUUAUCACAAAGAGAGCAGGCAAAAGGCUUUUCUUUAGUGUGUGUUCUCGUGUGUCUUGUUAAUUCGUCCUUCGAACAAUAUUUUUUAUCGCAAAGAGAGCAGAUGAAAGGCUUCUCUCCAGUAUGUGUCCUCGUGUGUCUUGUCAACUCAUAGUUCGUUCGAAAUCUUUUAUCACAAAGAGAGCAGGCAAAAGGCUUUUCUUUAGUGUGUGUUUUCGUGUGUUUUGUUAAUUCUUCCUUCGAAAAAAAUUUUUUAUCGCAAAGAGAGCAGACGAAAGGCUUCUCUCCAGUAUGUGUCCUCGUGUGUCUUGUCAACUCAUAGUUCGUUCGAAAUUUUUUAUCACAAAGAGAGCAGGCAAAAGGCUUUUCUUUAGUGUGUGUUCUCGUGUGUCUUGUUAAUUCUUCCUUCGAACAAAAUUUUUUAUCGCAAAGAGAGCAGACGAAAGGCUUCUCUCCAGUAUGUGUCCUCGUGUGUCUUGUAAACUGAUAGUUCGUUCGAAAUCUUUUAUCGUAAACAGAGCAAGCAAUAGGCUCGUCUCCGGUGUGUGUUCUUGUGUGUUUCUGUAAAGUUCCCUGCUGGGCGAAUCUUUUACCACAAAAUGUGCAGACAAAAGGCUUCUCUCCAGUGUGUGUUCUCGUGUGUCUUGUUAACGCUUGCUUGGUACAAAAUUUUUUAUCGCAAAGAGAGCAGAUGAAAGGCUUCUCUCCAGUGUGUGUCAUUGUGUGUCUUUUUAACGCUUCCUUCUGACCAAAUCUUUUACCACAAAAUGUGCAGACAAAAGGUUUCUCUCCAGUGUGUUCUCUCGUGUGUCUUUUUAACGCUUCCUUCCGACCAAAUCUUUUACCACAAAAUGUGCAGACAAAAGGUUUCUCUCCAGUAUGUGUCCUCGUGUGGCUCGUUAAGGCUUGCUUCGUACGUAACCUUUUAUCGCAAACAGAGCAGACGAAAGUCUUCUCUCCAGUAUGUGUUCGUAUGUGUAUUUUUAAAGUUCCCUUCCGGCCAAAUCUUUUACCACAAAAUGUGCAGACAUAAGGCUUUUCUUCAGUGAGUGUAUUCAUGUGUUUGAUUAAAUGUUCCUUGGUAGUAAAUGUUUUAUCGCAAUGUGAGCAGGAAAAAGGUUUCCCACCCGCG